CCCCAAAAGUUCUUAAAAAGGUUUAUUACUUUAUAUUCUGUGUUUACUACUUUGUUCAUAUGUGUUUCGUUUCGUUUGGUAUUUUCUUCCUUUUUUUAUUUUAAAACAGAAAAUCCUCUGCCAUGUCCUUUAUUCGCAACUCCUUAAAAUAUGUUACCCGUUCUUUCAGUCCUAGAAGUCAGCAACAGAUUCUUCGAGUGGUUUUGACUCGAGCAAAUCAGUUUAGGUGUAGUGGCACCGUGCACGCUGAUGACCAAGCUCAGUUUCCAGGAGCUAAAGCGCCAUUCAUAUCAGAAUUAAAGUUGAUUUUGCACACUGACUAUGAGCCUGUGCCAAUUUAUCGCGUCAUGGACAGUGAUGGUCACAUUGCAAAUGAAUCUCAAGAUCCCAAACUAAGCAAAGAAGUCGUACAGAAGAUGUUCAAUGACAUGGUUUUGUUGAACACUUUGGACAAAAUUCUGUAUGAAUCACAGCGCCAGGGGCGUAUUUCAUUUUAUAUGACAAAUUUUGGUGAGGAGGCAUCUCACAUUGGUAGUGCAGCCGCAUUAGAAAUGAGAGAUUUGAUCUAUGGGCAAUACCGUGAAGCCGGUGUACUAGUUUGGCGUGGUUUCCGCAUCGAUCAAUUCAUUGAUCAGUGCUAUGGUAACUGUGACGAUGUCGGGCGUGGAAAGCAAAUGCCAGUUCAUUAUGGCAGCAAAGAACUGAACUUUGUGACCAUCUCUAGCCCUUUAUCGACGCAGAUGCCGCAGGCGGUGGGUGCCGCAUAUGCGAUGAAGUUGAGACCCAAAAAUGAUGCUUGCGUUGUUUGUUACUUUGGAGAAGGAGCUGCCUCUGAAGGAGAUGCUCAUGCGGCAUUUAACUUCGCGGCAACUCUUGAAUGUCCAGUUAUUUUGUUUUGUCGAAACAAUGGAUUUGCCAUUUCCACUCCAUCACACGAACAAUAUAACGGCGACGGUAUAGCUUCCCGUGGUUACGGGUAUGGCAUGGCAACUAUUCGUGUAGAUGGGACAGACGUAUUCGCUGUGUACAACGCGACGAAGUUGGCCCGUGAAUAUGUUCUUCGCGAAAACAAGCCUGUGGUUUUUGAGGCUAUGGCUUAUCGCAUCGGCCACCAUUCUACAUCAGAUGACAGUACAGCUUAUAGAGCAGCGGAUGAAAUUGAAGUUUGGAAUUCCGUAAACCAUCCUAUUUCCAAAUUGAAGAGCUACAUGGUUCGAAAAGGCUGGUUCAACGAGGCCGAAGAACAAGAAUUUGUAAAGGGAGUCCGCAAACAAGUUUUAAAACAAAUCGGCGUUUCUGAGAAGAAACUUAAACCAAAUUGGAAAGAAAUGUUUGAAGGUGUUUAUUGUGAAAUGCCUGUACAUUUGGCAGAACAAAUGAGGGAAAUAGAAGAACACAUCAAUAAGCAUAAGAAUCACUACCCAGUGAAAAGCUUUAAGGCUUAAAUGCAUGUACAUAUAUGCGGCUUACAGCAUGCCGGGUCAUUCCGAUAUAACAAAGGCUUUGGCACAACUUAUGGGACUCAGUAAAAGUGCAUUUAUUAAUUUUAAGGAACCUAUUCAAAAUUGACUGCAUAUGUGCUAAAAUAUGUACAUACACGCUUGCUUAGAGUGAAACUGGAUCAAGUCAUGAUUUAAAAAAUUGUACAGAAAAAAAAAAACAAUUCCUUUAAUGAAAAGUAUUGUAUACUUCUAUUCAUUAUGCUGAAUUUCCGCUAGGCAUUGAAAUGACAAAAAAUGUAUGUCAUUUAAAAACNGGGCCUGAGCACACUAGCCUGCUCAGUCGGACUGAGCAGUCCACCACUCGAACGCACACUGGACUGGGCAGUCGGCCGAAAAC